AUGCAUUAUAUUUGGUUUUAUAUUACCAUCGGGGAGCUAAUGCUGACGGCUGAGGACCCGAUUUUAUCCUUGCUAGCUGAGGAUCCGAUUUUAUCAUCGCCAACUGAGGACCCGAUUUUAUCCUUGCCAGCUGAGGACCUGAUUUUAUCCUCACCAGCUGAGGAUCCAAUUUUAUCCUCGCCUGCUGAGGACCCGAUUUUAUCAUCGCCAGCUGCAGAUCCGAUUUUAUCCUCGCCAGCUGAGGACCCGCUUUUAUCCUUGCUAGCUGAGGACCCGAUUUUAUCCUCGCCAGCUGAGGACCCGAUUUUAUCCUCAACAGCUGAGGAUCCGAUUUUAUCCUCGCCAGCUGAGGACCUGAUUUUAUCCUCGCCAGCUGAGGAUCCAAUUUCAUCCUCGCCAGCUGAGGACCCGAUUUUUUCCUCGCCAGCUGAGGACCCGAUUUUAUCCUCACCAGCUGAGGACCCGAUUUUAUUCUCGCCAGCUGAGGACCCGAUUUUAUCAUCGCCAGCUGAGGAUCCAAUUUCAUCCUUGCCAGCUGAGGACCCGAUUUUAUCCUUGCCAGCAGAGGACCCGAUUUUAUCCUCGCCAGCUGAGGACCCGAAUUUAUUCUCGCCAGCUGAGAACCCGAUUUUAUUCUUGCAAGCUGAGGACCCGAUUUUAUCCUCGCCAGCUGAGGACCCGAUUUUAUCAUUGCCAGCUGAGGACCCGAUUUUAUCAUCGCCAGCUGAGGACCCGAUUUUAUCCUCGCCAGCUGAGGACCCGAUUUUAUCCUCACCAGCUGAGGUCCCAAUUUUAUCCUCGCCAGCUGAGGAUCCGAUUUUAUCCUCGCCAGCUAAGGACCCGAUUUUAUCCUUGCCAGCUGAGGACCUGAUUAUAUCCUUGCCAUCUGAGUACCCGAUUUUAUCCUCGCCAGCUAAGGACCCGAUUUUAUCCUCGCCAGCUAAGGACCCGAUAUUAUCCUUGCCGGCUGAGGAACCGAUUUUAUCCUCACCAGCUGAGGAUCCGAUUUUAACCUCGCCAGCUGAGGACCCGAUUUUAUCAUCGCCAGCUGAGGACCCGAUUUUAUCCCAGCCGAUUUUAUCCUCACCAGCUGAGGACCCGAUUUUAUCCUCGCCAGCUGAGGACCCGAUUUUAUUCUCGCCAGCUGAGGACCCGAUUUUAUCCUUGUCAGCUGAUGACCCGAUUUUAUCCUCGCCAGCUGAGGACCCGAUUUUAUCUUUGUCAGCUGAGGACCCGAUUUUAUCCUCGCCAGCUGAGGACCCGAUUUUAUCCUCGCCAGCUGAGGACCCGAUUUUAUUCUCGCCAGCUGAAGACCCGAUUUUAUCCUUGUCAGCUGAGGACCUGAUUUUAUCCUCGCCAGCUGAGGAUCCGAUUUUAUCCUCGCCAGCUAAGGACCCGAUUUUAUCCUCGCCAGCUGAGUACCCGAUUUUAUCCUCGCCAGCUGAGGACCCGAUUUUAUCUUCAUUAACCGAUUACCCGAUUUUACCUUCGCCAACUGAGUAUCCAAUUUUAUCCUCACCAACUAAUUACCCGAUUUUAUGCUUACCAACUGAGGAUCCGAUUAUAUCUUCACUAACCAAUUACCCGAUUUUAUCCUCACAAAUUGAGGAUCCGAUUUCAUCCUCACCAACCGAUUACCCGAUUUUAUCCUCACCAACUGAGGAUCCGAUUUUAUCCUCGCCAGCUGAGGACCAGAUUUUGUCCUCGCCAGCUGAGGAUCCGAUAUUAUCCUCGCCAGCUGAGAACCCGAUUUUAUCCUCGCCAGCUAAGAACCCAAUUUUAUCCUCGCCAGCUGAGGACCCGAUUUUAUCCUCGCCAGCUGAGAACCCGAUUUUAUCCUCGCCAGCCAAGGACCCGAUUUUGUCCUCACCAGCUGAGGACCCGAUUUUAUCCUCGCCAGCUGAGAACCCGAUUUAA